GUGGCGAUCCUUAUUCCUUUUCGGAACCGCCAUGAGCAUCUUCCAAUCUUUUUCCGUCAUCUGAUACCUAUGUUGCAGAAGCAGCGGCUGGAAUUUGCCUUCUAUGUUGUUGAACAGACAGGUACACAACCUUUUAAUCGUGCAAUGCUCUUUAACGUUGGCUUCAAAGAGGCUAUGAAGGAUGCUGCCUGGGACUGCAUAAUAUUUCAUGAUGUGGAUCACUUACCUGAAAAUGACCGGAAUUAUUAUGGAUGUGGAGAAAUGCCACGCCAUUUUGCAGCAAAGCUGGAUAAGUACAUGUACAUUCUUCCCUACAAUGAGUUCUUUGGCGGUGUGAGUGGCCUGACAGUGGAACAGUUCAAGAAGAUCAAUGGGUUUCCAAAUGCCUUUUGGGGAUGGGGUGGAGAAGACGAUGAUCUUUGGAACAGGGUUCACUAUGCUGGAUUCAAUGUAACCAGACCAGAGGGGGAUUUAGGGAAGUACAAAUCCAUUCCUCAUCAUCACAGGGGUGAAGUCCAGUUUUUAGGACGAUAUAAACUUCUGAGGUAUUCCAGAGAACGUCAGUAUAUUGAUGGGUUGAACAAUUUAAAAUAUACUCCUAAAAUACUUGUCGGUAGAUUGUAUAAAAAUAUAACUGUUAAUCUCAUACCAGAACUUGCUCCUGUUAGAGACUAUUGACGGAGGUGGAACGACAAGCUACCCUACCAGAACAAACUUUUAACACUGGAAGCUACUAACAGACACUGUAAAGCAAAACAAAACCAACAAACAGCAGCUUAGAAUUAGAGAUCUUUGACCAUUUGAUGAUGCAUAUCUGGGAUGAGAAGUGAUUGUAUGUACCCUGCGUUUUGUCCUGAAAGAAAAGCCAGCAGCUACCACUCAGCAGUACCACUCAGAUGUUUACAGCAUGAGACUACUGUUCAAGCCUUCAUUCUUCAUAUUCUCUAUCUUAAUCACUUAAAUAAACUGCAGAAAACAGACUUGUAGCUUCUCUGGAAGCAGGGACUGAGACCUCUUCUUCCAGGAAUUUUUUUUUAUACUAAACUGCCCCCCCCGUAUUUAAAUUAAUGCUUUUGUUUCUUUGUAAAAUGUGUUUUGUAAAUACGUGAUGUAAAUUAAUGUGUAUACAUUGCUUUUAAAUUGCUCAAUAUUUUAUGCUUCAGUAUGUACUUGAGUGUGUUCUCGUUUGAAUUCUAUAGGAAUGUUUUUAUUAGCAUGAAAGAACAAGUGUAAACUGUAAGUAUGCUUAAAAAAAGGUUAUACCUUAUGUGAAA